CUGAGCGGGGCGAGGCCUCCGCGUCCAACCCCGGCGGCGACGACAAAAUGGCGGCGGGGCCGGGCGGCGGGGCGAUGCGGCGGGUACAGCUGGUCCUGGGGCACCUCUCCAGCCCCCCCCCCGGGACCGGGACCGGGACCGGGACCGGGACCGGGGUUCGGGCCGCGCCGUGCGGGAGCCGCUCCGGGGUCUCGCCGCGGGCCGCCAGCCCUGACGAUGUGGUGGUGGUGCACGGGCGGAGGACCGCCAUCGGCCGCGCCAAGCGCGGCGGCUUCAAGGAUACUACACCCGAUGAGCUGCUGUCAGCCGUUAUGACGGCUGUGCUUCAAGAUGUCAGUCUUCGUCCUGAGGCCCUGGGAGACAUCUGUGUGGGAAACGUGCUGCAGCCUGGAGCUGGUGCUUUGAUUGCAAGAGUUGCACAGUUUCUAAGUGGUAUUCCAGAGACGGUGCCGUGCUCGAGUGUGAACCGGCAGUGCUCCUCUGGGCUACAGGCCAUUAUCAAUAUAGCUGGUGGCAUCCGAAAUGGAUCAUAUGACAUUGGCUUGGCCUGUGGCGUGGAAACGAUGUCUCUCAGAAGUGCAAAUAACCCUGGUGAUAUAAGUUCCACUAUGAUGGAAAACAGCAAAGCUCGAGAUUGCCUUAUUCCUAUGGGGAUAACCUCAGAAAAUGUGGCAGAGAAGUUUGGAAUUUCCCGAAAGAAACAAGAUGCCUUUGCCUUGGCUUCCCAACAAAAAGCAGCAAAAGCGCAGCAGAUGGGACUGUUUAAAACUGAGAUUGUUCCAGUGAAGACCACUGUUCUGGAUGAUCAGGGCAACCAAAAAACAGUCACCGUGCACCAAGACGAAGGGAUUAGGCCCUCCACGACCCUGGAAGGCUUGGCAAAGCUGAAGCCUGCUUUCAAAGAGGAUGGUAGCACUACAGCAGGUAAUGCCAGCCAGGUGAGCGACGGGGCGGCUGCUGUUCUCCUGGCCAAAGGCUCCAAAGCAGCACAGCUGGGACUCCCGGUCCUGGGGGUGCUCAGGUCCUUCGCUGUGGUGGGAGUCCCACCCGACAUCAUGGGCAUAGGGCCCGCCUACGCCAUCCCUGCAGCUGUGGAGAAGGCAGGUCUGACUCUGAAUGAUAUUGAUAUAUAUGAAAUUAAUGAAGCCUUUGCAAGCCAGGCUGUGUACUGUGUUGAGAAGCUGGGCAUCCCCAUGGAAAAGGUCAACCCGCUGGGAGGAGCAAUAGCACUGGGACACCCACUGGGCUGUACUGGUGCUCGUCAAGUUGUCACUUUGCUCAAUGAAUUGAAGCGCAGAGGGAGAAGAGCGUACGGGGUCGUGUCGAUGUGCAUUGGAACUGGCAUGGGCGCUGCAGCCGUAUUCGAGUACCCAGGGAACUAAACUCCAGUGUACUGACAGAACCACCCGACAGCUGAUUCUCUGCCUUCUCUAGUAAUAGCAAAUGAUUUGCACUGUGGAAUCAAUUGGAUUCAGGGAUUCAUGACUAGAUUUACAAAUUUUAGGCACAAAAUUGUGAAGUAGAAUAAAUGUUACAGAUCUACUAAGGAGGUGGAAAAAUGCGAAACUGGCAUUAAAAAGCAUCCUGACAUGAGAAAUGAGUUCAGCUGAAGUUCAACUACAGGCCCUUGGGUGGUGAUUAUGAAUGAACGCUUCUAAUUUAGUGGAUCCCUUUAUUCUGUGAAUAUUAUCAGAGGGAAGUAGUUCAUGGUACAGUAUUCCUGUAUGACAAAUUGUCUAAAAGGGUCACUCAAAACCAAACCAUCAGUGUACCUGAAAAAGCUUUUCCAGGGUUUUCCUAAGAGAUUUCACCAUCUUGCAAGAAGUCUAGAACAGCUUGUUUUGAAAGCGGUGCAAGGACUUCACCUCCUUUCCUUCACCACUCUGCCUGUCCUAGCUAAGUGCUAAGUUGGCUGUGUCUUAACUUGUCCCGGCGCUGGAGGCUGUGCUGUACUUUUCUGCUUUUAACCAAGCUGCUCUUGCAGCUUUUAACCAAGCUGCAUCUUCCAGCGAGGGAAGAUGGAAGGCUGAGCAUGGAACUUACCCAGGAGGUGCCUGAAUAGAACGGUUCCACUGAAUUACUAGCAGCUAGGAAUUUGACAGCAGCCAUUCCGUCUUUUACAACACAUUCCUAGUUAUCAGCUUGUGUGACUCCAACAUAGAGGACAAGAUUAUUCUUAAUAAUAUUUACUUACCUAGCAUAAACCACAUUUCAGCAUUACUCUUACUGCGGGCACUACGUGACCGUCACUGACACCUCGGUACUUCAGUGCUCAUACAAACGUGCGUUUCAUCCUGUAAAGUUCUUCCGUAUCUGGUCUCUCUCUCGGGAGCAGAAAGGUUGCUGAAACUGAGAGCUGUUGCCUUGAAAAAGAAACGUACUGGUUGUCUUUGACAUAUUAGAAAAGUUUAAAUUUAUAACACGGACUGAGGUUCUUUUUCCUGGCUCUUGUUUUUGCUCUUAAUAAUACAGUUAGGGUCUGGCAAUAUAUUUGUUUUCUUUUUAUGAUUGUUGAAGGUCAUGAUUAGUUAGUGCUCAUUGAUGUUUUCUCAUUCGUGUGCUGGAGCCUGUUUGGCUCUCCCAGCAAUUGCUCAUGGUCUGUUUUAGAGCAAAAAUGAAUUUAUUUAGAGGAGGCAGAGAGGCAUUGGCAUCUUCAAAAGUUCUUUUUUCACACUGAGGUUCCUGGGUAUGAAAUGAGUUCUCGGCGCUAGAACAGAUCUUUUACACUAGGCUGAAGGCAGCUGUCGUGCACCUUUUGUUCUCCCCCAGUGCAGACUGCAGCCCCCUCUUCCCCACACACACUGCCUCUAACAAAAACCUUUUAUAUGAUGGGAGUGGAAAACCUGACAGGCUCAGAAGUGGGAAUUUGAGUGACCUUUAGCUAAAGUAAUACUAAAAACAUUUAAAGAGAAGUGUGAGUAAAUGGGAACCAUGUGGGGGGAAGGAAUUAAAAGGAAGAAGAGUUCCUCCCUCUGUAGCUGAAGAGGAUAUUCUCAAUACCCGAGCAUGAUGAAACAUGAAGGUUGGUAAUUUUCCAAGGAGUCCAGGGAAAGUUGGCUCUUCCCCUUUUCAUGUAAGGCACUGAGAAAACAGCCCAGGAAAUACUGGCCUAGUCACUAAUUCUUGCCUUUAUUAGGUGUCAAUGUCCAUUUUAAUGUCAAAACAAAUAAAGAAGGCAAAACAAAAGCUACUUUUUAAGGUACAAACAGUCUCUAAUUGUAAUUAGAGUCAUACUGUGAUAGGCAAAGGGUUUUGGCCUGUUACCACAGCUGCUUUGCAAUUUAAAACCGAUUAUUUUGCAGAGCUUGGCUCUGUGGGUAAUGGUAAGUUUAUCACAGUAAUAAAAGUAAUAGCACAGAA